AUGCAGCCGCUGCCUGCUCUUUGGGGAGAAGCAGGUUCGGCCACGGCGCUCCCCAGUCCUGCCAGCCCGGCCCUCAUGAGGGCCCAGCGGCUGUCCCUGCACGUUAUGGGGCUCUUCUUGGAAAAUGAAAGCACUUCCCCCACCACUGAUUGCUCAGACUUAAGAGAGCGAUGUCUCAGUGAUGAACAUGGAUGUAAGCAUGCAUGGAGAAUGAUAGAAGAGGCUUGCAAUGUUUCAGAUCCAGGUAACCUUUGCAAGAUAAUGGAUUCAGCAUACUGUGAUCUGAACAUCUGGUCUUUUGUGCAAACUUACACUCAAUUCAAUGACUGUCUCUGCACGGGUGCUCUCCACUGUACUAGUAACAAAUUGUUUGGGGAGAAAUGCAUCAAUAAAUCAGAUAAAAUGAAAGAAGAUAUGUUCAAGUGGAAUCAAACUACUCUUUUGUAUCAUGGAGUCAAAGAGAUCCAAUCCUGUCUGGAAGUGGCAAUGGCUUGUGUAAGCGAUGUGGUUUGCAAUGCACAACUGGCCCCUUACCUUAAAGCUUGCUCAGCAAAUGGAAAUCUUUGUGAUGUGAAGCAGUGCCAAGCAGCCAUACGGUUCUUCUAUCAAAACAUGCCUUUUAACAUUGCCCAGAUGUUGGCUUUUUGUGACUGUGCUCAAUCUGAUAUACCUUGUCAGCAGUCCAAAGAAGCUCUUCACAGCAAGCCAUGUGCAGUGAACAGAGUUCCACCCCCAACUUGCCUCAAUGUAAUUCACAGCUGCCGAAAUGAUGAAUUAUGUAGGCAGCGCUAUAGAGUAUUUCAGUCAAAGUGCUGGCAGAAUGUGACUAGACAGUGUCAGGAAGAUGAUAUCUGUAUCAGUACCUUAAGCAAACAAGAUCUCACCUGCUCAGGAAGUGACGACUGCAAAGCUGCUUUUAUUGGAACCCUUGGGACAGUCCUUCAAGUGCAAUGCACCUGUAGAACCAUUACUCAAAGUGAAGAAUCCACGUGCAAGAUUUUCCAGCAUAUGCUUCAUAGAAGAUCAUGUUUCAGCAACUGUAAUGGAACGGGUGUGAUGGAUAACAAUAAAGCUGUUGAUUAUCAAAUGCAUCUUAGGACAAGCAGAAUAGAAGAAAGCCCCUUCUGGGAUAGCUGGCAGUUUGGUGAUGAUUUGAAAGUCUUCUAUGAUUGA